ACUUUCGUAGUAGUAGUACUAGUCCUAAUUAUCAUGGUCAUGGUCAACCACUUUUCUUCAAUAGUCAACAUUCUCAACAUCUAGAUCACCCCAUGAGUUCCAUGCCCAUACAACAUUUUUGCAAUAGGUGUGGACACAAAUCUUUCUUGGAGCUUAAAGAGAUAGAUGGACCAAAUUGUUUUGAAGUAAAAGAGCUUCUUAACUCAAUAUCAAGCAUGCCUUUUUACCAACAUAAGUCUCAUGAGGAAUUUAGAUGGGAAGACUACAACCAAAAAAAAGGAAAAUGCCAUGUAAAGAAGGGUACAACUACAAGUGAGGUCCUCAUAAAAGUGAGGCAUCCAAGCCGUUUUUACAUCUUACUAAAGAAAGUCUUAUCAUUUGUGGCCAUUUUAGUCAUUGGUCGACUACUUGUGCUUUAUCUCGAGGAAUGACUUCUUUCUUGCAUUGCCACGUGUCCAAUCAAAUGAUUUAUCUACCAAUUUCAAGUUACCAUUUUUCCAAUUGGGUUGUUUUUUUUUUUCUUUCUAGAUUUUAUUUAUUUUUAUUUAAGAAAAACAAGUUAAUGUAAUAAAGUUCCCGAUUUCAGAUCUUUGUGUAUGUCUUAGUCUUUGUGAUUUUCUAUUUCGGAUUUUGUUUUGGAUGAAUGUAAUAAUAUCUCAAGAAUUUUUCUAGCCACAGAAAAUAAUAGUAGAAAACAAAGAAGUCUAUUCUAGAGUUGGAA